UUGCCUUCAUCCCAAUCUAUCACAGGUGAAAUUCGUCGCGAUCUUACUGCUGCGCCUGAAGCCUAUGUUGUGAUUGCCUGGCCCACUCCUGGCGAAGGUCCUGACAAGAUAGCUUUCGACGUUGCUGCGUGUUUGUUGACCGGAGCCAUGGGUCGUGUUUCCUAUGGCGGUGACGCUGCACGCAAUCGACUAAAUGCCGGUCUGCACGAGAAUGAUCCAACUCGCACAGUUGCAUUCCACAAGGCUUACCACGGACAUGGACUGUUCGGAUUGAGUUUACGCGGUCCCUGUGCCUUGUUGUUGAACGAUCGCUUGACGCAGGUUAUUCCAGCCCUGCGUACUUUCAAGCCAUCUCCCGAAGAGUUGAACAAUGCCAAAUCGAUGUGCAAGGCUAAUAUCUUCAUGGGUUUGGAGAGUCCUGCAUGCUUGGCUACGGACUUGGCAAUCCAAAUGUCUAAAGCAAGUAACACUUACGAAAGUCCCAAGGAUCGAGCCGCCAAGAUCGAUGCAGUUGACGCGAACGCAGUGACCACAGCCCUGCAACAAGCCUUGAAAUCUCCCCUGGCUGCCCUAUCUGUGGUCGCUCCAGAUGCCGGUCUUGUGCUACCCCUGUCGGUGCUUCUACGAGCCUGA